GGAAUGUGCCGGCAGAUUCCUGACCGCCUUCCCUUCUAGCGCUGCUGUUCUGGACAGCUUGCGGUCUUCAGGUACUCAUGCCAUCCAGAUUACUUCGACCAUUCCAUACAUUCUAAACUACAGUUCAUAUCUGGUCUAAUCCUACAGACCCGCCUUUAGAUAAAACCCGACAACCAGCAUCAACACCAGACCAAAAACACCGCUGUGACCACCAUCCAAGACAUACAGUACAAACCAACCAACAAUACAAUAAACCAGAGGAUAAAACAUCUCCCCUAAGCCUAGCUCAUCAACACUCAAAACACGACAGCAAAAUGGCCGACAGCAUCGACAUAUACAACCAAUACCCAAUAACCCUAGACCCAACUUCCAAAGCCAUCAACCUCAGCACCCAAGCCACAACCCCAGCCUCCGCAUCAGCAGUUAGCAACGAGCUAAACGAAUUAAACGCCCUCCACCGUGCCCUCCUCUCCGUCGACCCCCCAAACAUCCCCCCACCCCCGCUCCCCAUCAACCCCAAGCGCAGCGCCCAGAUCACCAAGCUCCGCGACAGCGCCAAUGCCGCCUAUCGCAAGGACGACCACGCCGAGGCCGUCCGGCUAUACACCUACGCCAUCGACAUGGGGAUCUCCCGCCCGGGCUGGGAACCCGUCACCCUCGCGCGCGAGGAACUAGCCGGGUUAUACGCCAACCGGGCGCAAGCGUACAUGGCGCAGCAGGCAUGGGCGGACGGACUUGUGGACGCUAAGUGUAGUGUUGAGAGCAAGCCGGUAGGGAAUGUGAAGGCGUGGUGGCGGGCGGGUAAGUGUCUGGCUGAGAUGGGACGGUGGGAAGAGGCACAGGUUGCGAUCGAUAAGGGGUUAGAGUUUGAGCCGAGGAGCGGGGAGGGCGCGAAGGAGCUGGUUGCGCUUUUAGAGGAGGUCAAUGAGGGGAUUAAGAGGUCGAGCUCGGCUUAGAUCUUAUCUUUGGGGAAACUAGGAAAGGAAGUGGGAAUGAAAUGACAUUUGACCGGGGGGGGGGGCUGUCAACACUCGAGCGUCGUACAGGAAAGCGGGUACGGACAUGCUUGCUGGGCUGCUGGGCUGAUGUGCUUGGGGCUCGGGCUGGGGCUGUAUUAUCAUGUCAUGCAUGUUUUGAAUUCUCUAAGUGUCUUUGCCUUUACCUUUGCAUGGAUUGAUACUAGUUCGGGCGUUUGGUAUGGAAUCAUUUGGCUUUUUAUUGCUAUGCUACCUAUAUAUGGAUUUAGAUAUGCAGUUGGUAUACAGGGUAUUGACCGAAGUGAGCUUAAUUAAAAUAAAAGCAGAACAUGCUACGACAGACACGAUGUCCACUUAAUGUAC